AACAUUUUCACUUACUUCAACAUGAGUUAUCUAGUUAUUAUUGCAGUGGUUGUUAUCCUUUGCUAUCUUUUUAAACAAAAAAAGUUAUUCGCGAAUCCUUCUAAACGUAUCUUAAUUAGUGACGUUCAAAAGGCUAAAGAUAUUCUUAAUUCCAGUAGUCUUGACUCUCGAGUAAAAUCAAAUCAGAAUUUGGGUCUUACCUUUGGGAUUUCAAAUCCUUUUACAAAUUCGGAUAGACCAUAUCACCAAGACUUCCGUAAAAUUAUUGUUAAAUCGAUUGAUUUAAAUGAUGGAGGAUGGAAUAGGAUUAAAAAUAUUACUCUUAAAGCUGUAAACGAUUACUCUAAUUUAGAUAAGGGUGGUAUUGUUGAAAUCGUUCCCUGGAUUCAACAAAUAACGUUAAAUGUUGUACUAUGUGGUUAUUUAGGGAUGGAUGUAAACGUUGAUAAAGUUAUUAAUAUUGCUCCGGGUAUAAUCAACGACCUUUGGCUCAAAUCCAAAGAACUCAAUCAUACAAAGGAAAAUAUUGAAAAAAUAAUGAAAACCAAAAGCAAGCUCAAAAAUCUUUUCCGUAGUGUAGCAUCCGAAGCUAGUGAAACUCCCAACGUGAUUAAGAAAAUUUCAGAAAUUGCUAGAAAGCAUUUUCCAAACGUAUUUUGUUCAGAAGCUACAAAUAAUUCUUUAGCUGAUGACUUAGAAUCACCUCUGAAUGUUUUAAUUCCCGCGUAUGAAACAAUGUGGAGAGUUGUCCUAUACUCCAUUUUGGAGAUUAAAGUACGCCCCUCAUUGAAAAAAGAUUAUGACAACAAAGAACUCAACUUUAAAGAAAUUGAUGACGCAGUCAAAACUUUUCUAAAGAAACCGAACCACUCUACACUUAAGAAUGAUUCUUCUAUACUAUGGUGUAUUAUUCAGGAAACCUUGCGAUUAUAUCCUCCAACACGACAUAUUCAUAGAGUCGACGAAAAAAAUAAUACUGUUACCAUUGAUGUGGAAAAAAUUCAUCGUGAUCCUGAAAAUUGGGGAGAAGAUGCGACUUUUUUUAAACCUAAGCGGUUCUUCAAUAAAAUGAAUAAGGCAUAUAUACCAUUUUCAUAUGGUAAAUUAAAAUGUGUAGCUGCCGAUAAAUUUGCUCCAACAUUGGCUGCCAUCCUUAUAUCAGCUAUUUUAGAUCGUGUGGACGAUAUCAUUCUUGGACAGAAGACAAAAGAAUCGUUAUUUCUAAAAGCGAAUCUUCCUUUUGAAAAUAACCGGCGUGCAUUUGAUAAAUUCGAAGUUACUUUAACAAGGAAAUCCUGAAGGACGAAAAAGUCUUAUAUAAGACUUCAGAAAUCAAUGCACUGUAUUAUUGUAUGAGGUAUACUUAAUAGUAGGCCGCGCCAAUUUAAGUAUAUUAAUUAUAUUAUCGGUUACUUUUUUAAUUUUUAUAAACAAUUUGUAAAUAUAUAUAUAUAUAUA